GUGGAGUGAAUCGGAAAGAGGUCACACGUAGAAUCUGCUCCAUCAGGUUAAGCAAGAUGGAGACACCAAACAAUGUCAACAAUUCCCUGCUCCUCAUUCACCCUUCUCACAACACUUCCUUGGUGGACAAGACCAUGUACGAAAUGUGCCAGCACAUGCCUGAGGUCAUCUUUUCCUACCUGGGCUUGCAGUUUGUCAACAUGUUCCUGGGUAUCCCUGCCAACCUCAUGGUGCUCUGGCUCUUCCACAAGAACAAGGGUGACUCGUCCACCUCAGAUAUCUUUAUUGUCCACCUGGCUGUGCUGGACACCUUCUUCUGCCUCAUCCCACCAAUGGAGCUGGCCAACCUGGUGUACCUCACCACCAGCAACACCUGGUAUGCCCUGCGCUUCUUCUAUGGCAUCAAGGAUUCCUCGCCGCUCUUCUUGUCCUGCAUCUGCCUGGACCGCUACAUGGCUGUACGACACCCAAUAACCUUCACCAGACUGAAGGACCGUCCGCAUCGGCCGGUUUGCGCUGGUGUCAUGUGGCUUAUCAUUCUAGCUUACGCAGUGCUAAAAUGUAUGGGAACCAUCCCCAACUUCGACAAGGUCUUUACAGUCAUGAUCUUGGCGGCCUUCACCUUCAUGGUCUUCUGCAACAUCUCCAUACUUUGGGCCCUUAAGCAGUCCGGUCCAGGCCGGGAUGAGAUGCAUCCGGUGAAGAAAAAAGCCUUUAAAAUGGUCCUCAUUAUUUUGGCCAUCAUCGUCUUCAACUACUUCCCACCUGUUGCUCUUUUUCCAUUUAAGGCCUAUUUCCCUCCCGAAGUGUUCAAAUGUUACAUCCACUACAUAGCCUUUGGGUUCAUGGACAUCAGCAGCAGCAUUCAGCCGAUGCUCUACCUGUCCAGGGAGCAGCCGAGAUGUCCAGCAUACUGUUGCAAGUGCUGCAUCAUCAAAAAGACUGAGGAUACAAACGUAAUUGAGACACCUACAGUGUACACUAUAACUGAGUAA